AUGGCGCAACAACAAGGUGAUAAUGUGAUGCGGAGAAAGUUGGUGAUUAUCGGCGAUGGUGCUUGCGGGAAAACUAGUUUGCUGAGCGUGUUUACACUCGGCUACUUCCCAACUCAUUAUGUACCCACAGUUUUCGAAAACUACGUGACGGAUUGUCGAGUCGAUGGUCGUUCGGUACAGUUGGCUCUAUGGGAUACUGCUGGGCAGGAAGACUAUGAGCGAUUGCGACCAUUAGCAUACUCGAAGGCCCACGUCAUUCUAAUUGGAUUCGCCGUGGACACACCCGAUUCGCUGGAGAACGUGAAACAUAAGUGGAUCGAAGAAGCGAAUGAACGAUGCCCCGGUGUACCCAUAAUCCUCGUCGGUCUCAAGAAAGAUCUUCGAGAAGACCCUAUGGCGAUCGAAGAGAUGCGCAAAAAGUCACUGAAGUUCGUCACCGCUAAAGAAGGCAGCGAGAUCGGUACAAGCAUUGGAGCCCGUAAAUAUCUUGAAUGCUCCUCUUUGACCGGCGAAGGUGUCGACGACGUCUUCGAAGCAGCUACCCGCGCUGCUCUCUUGACCUUUGACAAGCGGAAAACCUCUUGCUGUGUGGUUCUAUGA